GUCUUCCGCCCCCGGCCUGAGAACACUCCUCGCUGCUUUGGAAGUCGACACUCUCGAGGGCUCCGCUGAACGUGGAGGGGCACCGUGCACGAUGGGGGACGAGGCGAAGAGGAAGAAGGACAAAAACAAGGACGACAGGGUGACUUUGAAGAAGGAAAUUGGACUUUUGAGCGCGUGCGCCAUCAUCAUCGGCAACAUCAUCGGCUCGGGCAUCUUCGUGUCCCCCAAAGGCGUCCUGGAGCAUGCUGGCUCAGUGGGGCUGUCGCUGAUUGUGUGGGUAUGUGGAGGUGGGAUCUGCGUGCUGGGUUCAAUGUGCUACGCCGAGCUGGGCGUCACCAUCCCAAAGUCGGGAGGAGACUACUCAUACGUGACGGAGAUCUUCGGCGGACUCGUCGGCUUCCUGUUGCUAUGGAGCGCCGUGCUCAUCAUGUAUCCAACCACGCUGGCAGUCAUCGCGCUCACCUUCGCCAACUACGUGCUGCAGCCCGCCUUCCAGAACUGCCUGCCGCCCUAUACCGCCACCCGAUUGCUGGCCACCAUCUGCGUCUUGUUCCUGACAUGGGUGAACUGCUCUAGUGUGCGCUGGGCCACGAGGAUCCAGGAUGUAUUCACGGUGGGGAAACUGCUGGCUCUGGGCCUCAUCAUUCUUGUGGGACUGGUUCAAAUUGGUCGAGGCUACUACGAUGCUCUAAUGCCCAGUGUGGCCUUCGAGUUCAGUCAAGAACCGUCCGUGGGUCAGAUCGCGCUGGCCUUUCUGCAGGCGUCCUUUGCUUACAGUGGCUGGAACUUCCUCAACUACGUCACCGAGGAGGUGGUAGAGCCACGCAAGAACCUGCCCCGUGCCAUUUACAUCUCCAUCCCCUUGGUGACGCUGGUGUACACAAUGACCAACAUCGCCUACUUCUCCUCCAUGACCCCUGAGGAGCUGCUAGCGUCCAAUGCCGUGGCAGUGACUUUUGGUGAAAAGCUGCUGGGCAUGUUCUCUUGGGUGAUGCCAAUUUCCGUAGCCCUGUCCACCUUUGGAGGUAUCAACGGAUAUCUUUUUACCUCCUCCAGGUUGUGUUUCUCAGGGGCCAGGGAGGGUCACCUGCCUUACUUGCUGGCCAUGAUCCACCUGAAGAACUGCACCCCCAUCCCCGCCCUGCUGGUCUGCUGCUUCGCCACCAUCGUCAUCCUAUGCAUCGGUGAGACGCACAACCUUAUCAACUAUGUGUCCUUUAUCAAUUAUCUGUCGUACGGCGUCACCAUUGCCGGCCUGCUCUACCUCCGCAAAAAGAAGCCAGAUCUGGUGCGACCAAUCAAGGUGAACCUGCUGAUCCCCGUAGCCUACAUGGUGUUCUGGGUCGUGCUGCUGUGCUUCAGCCUGUACUCUGAGCCGGUGGUGUGCGGCCUGGGCAUGGUCAUCAUGCUCACCGGCGUGCCCGUCUACUUUGUGGGCGUCUGGUGGAAGAACAAGCCCACGUGGAUUUAUAGAUUCACAGAGAAACUGAACUACAUGGGCCAGAAGACGUGUUACGUGAUGUUCCCUCAGGAGGACCCGGCCGAGGCAGAACUCCUCACGUCUUCCAAAAGCAGAGACUGAGCCUUUAUCGCCCCCGAUGGGCUAAUUCGUACUUACACCCUUUUUGAAAUAUGCUAUUAUAGACACACGGGACACACACAAACACAAGACAGAUGCAGGACACCCGGAAAGUAUUCCCAGUGCUUCACCUUUUCCAUAUUUUAAGUUAAGAGCUUUAUUCCAAAAUGGAAUAAAUUCAUUUUUUUCCUGAAAAGUCUACACACGACACCCCAUAAUGACAACACCAAAUGAGUUUUAUUUUUAUUUUUUUCGUUUUUGUUAAAUGUCUUUGCUUGAUUUGUGGCCUGACAUGCACUGUCAACGUUGGGGAGCUCAGAAAGGUGUGUGCCUUUCCAAAUCAUGCCCAAUCAGUUUAAGCUGCAGAAACAUGUCAACGAUGAUCAAUGGAAACACGAUCCACCUGAGCUUAUUUUUGAGCUUCAUGGCAAAGGCUGUGUGUGAAUAUUUAUGGACAUAUGAUUUCUUUUUCUUUCUUUUUUUUUAUUUAUAUACCUUUGCUAAAAUUGGAAAAAAUAAAUUGACAUCAUUAUGUGUAGAAUGUUGAGAGAAAACUAUGAAGUCAGUCCAUUUUGGAAUGAGGAUGUAACAUGCAGGUAAAAUUUGGAAAACGUGACGUACUGUAAAUGCUUUCUGCUCCACACACGCACACACGUACACACACAAACGGACGUAUUUGGGGGUUUGGUGCCACCCACAGGUCAAAACGUGCAUACUUUUGGUCAGGAAGUGUUUGCAACAGGACUUGAACACGCACUACCGGACCUCAAGCCUUUCCCACAUCCAGCACUUUUUGUUUUUUGACGCACAAAUGAUUGGGGUGUUUACCGCAAUUUUUAAAAUAUUUGUUUUCUAUGCAUGUUGGCCUUUUUUGUCCACACUAAAACGACUUUUAGCUGACAGAACAGGUUCAAGUUAAUGUGAAGACUUUGUACGAAACUUUUCAAUGCAAAAACUUUUUUGUUUUUAUUUUGUUAACUUUUGAAUUUUAAAUGUUGUGUUAUUGAGGAUUAACUACACUAUGCUAUGUUUUCCAUCCAUGCAUCCAAUGUGCCUUUUCCGUAAAAUUACUUUUAUGUGGUUUCCCAUUGGCAAAACUGGCCUGACGGUGUGGCGUCACACCGCCACCUGGUGCUGUUUUUUUUUUUUUUUUUAUUUGGGUGGGACAGGUGGAGACACUUAAGAUAUUUUGGGGGGAAAUCCUACAAUGAUGAGAAAAAAUGUUUGUUUAAAGUUCAUCCCCUGUUGACUUCUGAGCUCUGUAUGUGCCUUAAUGAUGAGUAUAUGUUUAGUGUGCGUAUUGUCGUAUUUUUGUCAUAUUUGAUGAUGCCAGGGGAACAAAGAUAAACUAAAACCUUGUUGCUGAUUGGCUGACGCCAAGGAACUGUGAACGACUGGUUAGCACAUCUGCCUCACAGUUCUGAGGACCUGGGUUAAAUCCCCGGCCCCGCCUGUGUGGAGUUUGCUUGUUCUCCUGCAUGGGUUUUCUCCGGGUACUCCGGUUUCCUCCGACAUCCCAAAAACAUGCAUGGUAGGUUGAUUGAAGAUUUUAAACUGCCCUUAGGUGUGAAUGUGAGUGAAAUAGAUGGAUGAUUGGCCGAUCAACAAAAAACAAAAUGGUACACGUCUAUAUUUAUAUAUUAAAUGCAUACUUCUUCUUUUCCUAUCGACUUGUCCCGUUAGGGGUCACCACGGGGUGUCAUCCUUUUCCAUGAGAGCCUAUCUCCUGCAUCCUCCUCUCUAACACCAACUGCCCUCAUGUCUUCCCUCACGACAUCCAUCAACCUUCUCUUUGGUCUUCCUCUAGCUCUCUUGCCUGGCAGCUCCAUCCUCAUCAUCCUUCUACCAAUAUACUCACUAUCUCUCCUCUGGACGUGUCCAAACCAUCAAAGUCUGCUCUCUCUAACUUUGUCUCCAAAACAUUUAACCUUGGCUGUCUUUCUGAUGAGCUCAUUUCUAACGCUACCCAACCUGCUCACUCCUAGAGCGAACCUCAACAUCUUCAUUUCCGCCACCUCCAGUUCUGCUUCCUGUUGUCUCUUCAGUGGCACUGUCUCUAAUCUGUACAUCAUGGCUGGCCACAUGACUGUUUUAUAAACUUUGCCCUUCAUCCUAGCAGAGACUCUCCUGUCACAUAACACACCUGACAUCUUCCGCCACCCGUUCCAAUCUGCUUGGACCCCGUUUCUUCACUUCCUGACCACACUCACCAUUGCUCUGGACUGUUGACCCCAAGUAUUUAAAGUCCUCCACCCUCGCUAUCUCUUCUCCCUGUAGCCUCACUCUUCCCCCUCCACCCCUCUCAUUCAUGCACAUAUAUUAUCUAUAUCUUAUUUAGACUAAUCUUCAUUCCUCUCCUUUCCAGUGCAUGCCUCCACCUUUCUAACUGUUCCUGCUUUCACUGCAGAUCACAAUGUCAUCCGCAAGCAUCAUAGUCCACGGGGAUUCCAGUCUAACCUCAUCAGUCAGCCUAUCCAUCACCACUGCAAACAGGAAGGGGCUCAGGCCUGAUCCCUGAUGCAGUCACACCUCCACCUUAAAUUCCUCUGUCACACCUACAGCACACCUCACCAUUGCUCUGCUGCCCUCAUACAUGUUAUUCUAAAAUAUUUCUAUGCCACUCCAGACGUCCGCAUGCAGUACCACAGUUCCGCUCUUGGUACUUUGUCAUACGCUUUCUUCAGAUCUACAAAGACACAAUGUAGCUCCUUCUGACCUUCUCUGUACUUUUCCAUCAACAUCCUCAAAGCAAAUAAUGCAUCUGUGGUACUCUUUCUGGGCAUGAAAUCAUACCGUUGCUCUGUCCUGAGUCUAGCCCCCACUACUCUUUCCCAUAACUUCAUUGUGUGGCUCAUCAACUUUAUUCCUCUAUAGUUCCCACAGCUCUGGACAUCACCCUUGUUCUUAAAAAUGCGCACCAGCACACUUUUCCUCCAUUCCUUAGGCAUCUUCUCCCCCGCUAGCAUUCUGUUGAACAAGCUGGUCAAAAACUCCACACCCACCUCUCCUAGAUGCUUCCAUAACUCCAUAGGUACAGUAUGUCAUCAGGACCAACUGCCUUUCCAUGUUUCAUCCUCAUUAAUACCUUUCUAACUUCCCCUUUACUAACGCUAAUACCAAUUACUAUUAUAUAGCCCCUACUUUCUGCACAGCUAUGAGUAAAUGUUACUUCCUGGUUUCUCUUAUAAUAAUAAUAAUGGUAACCAAAGAUACAUUUUCAACUUUUUUUAUAUAUGCAAACUGUACUGUAUGUUAUUAUACAGACUCUUUCAAUACAGUACACCUAACACACUAAUCUAUUCUCAACACGCUUGGAUUUUUAUCCCGCAUCAACCUUUUGUUAGCGCUGAAUGAGUAGUUGUUUUUAAAAAUGUCAGAAAUGUACUUUGUAGAUGAACCGGAAAGACUUAAGCCCAAAGUAUAGCAAAACAAUUUUUAUUGUCUACCCAAGAUGGUUUUGAAGACACACGAGGGGUUGUGUGUCCCAUACUGUAAGUGUCGCUAGUAUUUGUGUUUCAAAGUGUCAAAGCAAAUCAAGAAUAAUAAGAAUACAAUUUUUGGAGUCUGUAACGUCAGAAUGCUAAAGUUAAAAACAAACACGAACAGUUGUGUCUUGAAAACUAAAAUGUUGGUUGUGUGUUUAAAUUUUUUGCCGAUUGUCAAAACAAAUCAAUCACUGUAUUAUGCAAUGUCGGAAUGCUAAUGCUAAAUACAAACGCUUACAAGCUGA